CAUUCUCGAUUUACAGUUUUAAGUGGAAUCAAGUUAUUUAGUUUAUUGAAGAGGCAAUAUGCCUUCUUUGACAGUUAAUAUCAAUAUUUCUAGAAAUGAAAACCAGCAAGGUAAGCUUUUUCAGUGACUUAUAAUAAGAUUAAUAAUACUAUGAGCUGUUAAGUUCAAACUUGUUUAAUAAACUUCUUAAAAUUAGCUUUUUCUAUACAAAUAAGCAGUUAUUAUUUUACAGAGAUCGUGAUUAAUGAAAGUUUAACAAUAGUCCUAUUACAUAAUAAGUGUUAAGUGCGAAAGAUUGUUCAAAAGUGGGCGGUAAUUGGUUUCUAUUUUCGCAUCUGAUUAGAAGAUAACGAGGGAAUUAACAAAAAUUUAGCACUGAAAAAUAACAUUAUCUAAGGAGUCUUAGCCUUUAUUUUAAACAAUAAUUGUUUACUGAAAAACACACACAGUUCCUCUUACGUAAUCAAAAUAAAACAAGAGGGAAUUAUAUAUAGUUUUUAUCUAUUUUUAUGCUGUAUAAAUAUUCAUUAGUCAAUUUCAAAUUGAAUAAUUGUUAAAGCGUUACGAAUUUCUGUUAUAAACGGUUCAUUUAACGCCUUCUCAUCUUUCGGAUAGUAGCGUGAAUCUAAACCUUUACCUAAUUCUAUCUUGGACUUUACUACUGUAAGCUUUGAACAAAUACAAAUGUUUUAAAAAUAGAAUUUUAAUCAAUUUUCAUAAGUAAUAAGUAUUAAAAGUUCAUUAUAUUAUCGAUUCUGGACCUAGCUUUUGGUUAUUUGAGAAGCGAUUGGGAGAAAAUGCACAAAGGUAGUUUCUUAUUGAUCUUUAACGUGGAAUAGCUGGGUUUUUUUCGUCGUUUUUAUUUCAGCUAAAUAUCUUUUUAUGCUCUUAAACUUAAAAAUUAAUAGGAAUAGGACACAGUAUUUAAUUGAAAAUUCACCUGCGGCGAUAACCAUGAAGAAAAGUAGGACAAAGUAUUUAUAAUAUCAAAGAAUCAUUUUUUUUCUCCAGAAAAAGCUCCACUCAACCGAUUCGAGGGUGAAGGAGUAGACUUCAAAGCAAAGUUAAUUGGUCAUGAAGAAGUAGCCGAACCAAGAGGGGAUAAAAUUUGUGUAGAUACCAUGAACAAACUAAAGUUUAUAGCCCAGCAGAACCUUAGAGGCUCCGGCAUUCAUAAACCACGAAUAAUUUUAAACAUAAACCUGACUGGAUUACAGAUACUGGACGAAAAGUCAAGGGCUGUUUUACAUCAGCAUCACGUCCACAGAAUAUCCUUCAUAUCUCGUGACCCAAAUGACGCAAGAGCUUUUGGUUAUAUCUACGGGAAAGAUGAUGGUAAACACGAAUAUUUUGGAAUAAAGACUAUGCAAGCGGCCGAUCAAGUUGUGACUGCUCUAAAAGAUUUAUUCCAAGUGGUUUAUGAAUUGAAAAAGAAAGAGAUUGAAGGCACAGAAGAGACAGCUGAAUCCAAGGAAGAGGAAGAAGCUAGUGUAAAAACCAACAAAACUGAUUCAGAAAGCGGAGGAGCCAGUGGAACUGCUGAUUUGCCCCAAAAGCCUGAAGAGAAGAAAGAAGACAACCUUUUAGACAUGUUUGGAGGUCUUGGAUUAAGCAAAGAAUCUCCAACCUCGGCCCCUGAACCGUGGAAUACUCCAACUCCCCAAUCCAAUCCCUCAGCACAUCCAGCCUUUCCCGUGUCCUUUGAUGAUGAUAAGCAGCAAGCAGCAAUACAGCAGCAACAGACUCAACAGCCACAGCAGCCACAACAGCAACAAAAACAACAAAAUUUGGACCAAGGAAUGCCUACGUUCAAGAAUCCCCCGCCGUUUGAAAAUCUGGAUGAAGACGCUGGAGGUUCUGCUCUUGCAUUCAAACCAGUUGAUUUACCGACCUUUAAUGACCCGUUUAAAACCACAAACCCACCUAUCCCUUCAAAAGGGACGGGAAUUAGUUCCCAGCCUAUAUUUUCGGCCUCUAGCGAUUCGGCUUUUAACGCCUUUCCAGCGCCCACGACUAACAGCAUGAUAGGUAGCAUGAACACAACAAACGCAAUGCCCUUUAAUUCUAAUCCAGCUAGCGGUACUAUGAAUAACAUGAAUAACUUUGGAUUCGGUAACGCACCUGCAUUCGGAGGUCCACCAGCUUUUAACAACACAAGUUUUAUGCAAAUGAAUAACCAUCAGCCGUUUCCAGUUCAGCAAAGCGGUCCCCCACCAGUACCACAACGUAAUACUACUCAGCCAGAAAAUGUAUUACAACCAACAGUUGGAGCUAUUUCGGAUCCAUUUUCUUCUUUAGAUCCCCUCGGAAAGCCGGAGAAGACUAUGUUUAAGAAGAAUUCGCCAAGUAUCAAUGAUAUGCAAACUAGCACUGCGCCAUUGGCUCAAAACUCGAAUCCUUUCGCCUGAACGACUUCAAAAAAAAUUUUACUUCAUAUCUUUACUGAUGAUUUAAUAAAUUAACAAUGUAACUUUUAAUAAUUAAAAGAAUUUUCACUGUUACUUUGCAUGCAGAAUUCAAAUAAACAACUCACUAU